CCCGGCAUACGCUGCAGCACGCCAUCCGAGCCCGUAUAAUACAAGUUCCUCAUGCCCAUCCGACUGUAGCAUUUCUCUUCUCCCCUGCUAGGCCACCUUUCUGGAUUAACGCUGCUUGCGCGCGGCGCAAGGCCUGCCAUGAUGAACCACCUGCUCUGGUCGACGUGCCGGGGAAGGGUUAUGCUCAAAACGGCUGCACCGCGCAUUGGCAGGCUCUCUAUUCCGCCACCCUCCCGGACGCUCUUCACUUCACGAGGACCCUCAGGGAAGAGAGCUCUUGUUCCUGCAACAUGGAGAGUGUUGUUCCGUCGAAAGCAGACUCCUGCCGCUCCCGCCGCGAAGACUCCGAGCACGCAGGCUCCUCCAGGCCCCGCACAGAAGCCUCAAGAGCUGGUGAACGAGGCUGUAGACAUAAGUCUGGCAGAGCAGCGAAGAAAGGACUGGAGCAUAGUGAAACGUCUGGCAGAGAACAUCUGGCCAAAGAAUGACUGGUCGACCCGCGGACGCGUGCUGGUAGGCUUUGGACUGCUAAUCUCGGGAAAGCUUUUGAACGUGCAAGUCCCACUCAUCUUCAAACAAAUCAUCGACUCGCUGAACGUGGACAUCGCUGCGGGCACGACGGUGUGGAUCGUCGCCGGCUCGCUCAUCCUCGGUUAUGGUGCUGCACGGAUUGGGGCCACUCUCUUUGGGGAGAUGUUGAACGCGGUCUUCGCUAGCGUCGGUCAGCGCGCAGUGCGGAAGGUCGCUCGGCAGACGUUUGAACACCUGCUCAAUCUCGACCUGAAGUUCCAUCUGGCAAGACAGACUGGUGGAUUGACAAGAGCGAUUGACCGUGGCACAAAAGGGAUCACGUUCAUUCUAUCAGCAAUCAUUUUCAGGAUCGUGCCUACUGCGCUGGAGAUAUCGCUUGUCUGUGGUAUUCUGUCCUAUAAUUAUGGAUGGAACUUUGCUGCGAUAACAGUCGCCACAAUGGCCGCAUACACCUGGUUCACUGUGCGAACGACAGCCUGGAGAACACGAUUCCGCCGCGAAGCAAAUGCUGCCGACAAUAGAGCUGCCACAGUGGCCGUGGAUUCCUUGAUCAACUACGAGGCUGUGAAGCAUUUCAACAAUGAGAAGUAUGAGAUCGCCCAGUAUGACAAGCACCUCUCAGCCUAUGAGAAGGCAUCGAUCAAGAUUGCAACAUCACUCGCCUACUUAAAUUCGGGACAGAAUGUCAUAUUCUCAUCGGCACUGACGCUGAUGAUGUUCCUCGCUGCACAAGGCGUAAUCAAUGGUACCAUGACCGUCGGAGACCUCGUGAUGAUCAAUCAACUGGUGUUCCAACUGUCGCUGCCACUGAACUUCCUGGGAACGAUCUACCGCGAGAUGCGCCAGAGCCUGCUCGAUAUGGAAGUACUCUUCAACCUGGUAACUUCGAACCAGCCACCAAAGGACAAAGUGGGCGCGAAACCGCUGCAGCUCCGAGGCGGCUCGAUCCGGUUCGAGAACGUGAACUUCGCAUACCACCCCGAGCGGCCCAUCUUCCACAACAUCUCCUUCACCAUCCCGGCCGGGAAGAAGGUCGCGCUCGUUGGGCCGUCUGGCUGCGGCAAGUCGACCGUCUUCCGGCUGAUUUUCCGCUUUUACGAGCCGUCCUCUGGGCGAAUAUAUGUCGAUGACCAGGAUAUUUCCGAGCUGCAGCUGGUGUCGCUCCGCAAGGCGAUCGGCGUCGUCCCGCAGGAUACGCCGCUUUUCCAUUCGGACGUCCUGGAGAACGUUCGCUAUGGUCGUCUGGAUGCGACUGAUGCGGAGGUUGCUGAGGCAGCGAAGAAGGCUCAUGUACACGAGGCCAUACUGCGUUUGCCGGAGGGGUACAAGACCAAAGUAGGGGAACGAGGACUGAUGAUCUCUGGUGGAGAAAAGCAGCGGCUUGCUGUGGCCCGUGUGCUGCUUAAAGAUCCACCAAUCCUUUUCUUCGAUGAAGCGACGUCUGCUCUGGAUGCUCACUCUGAGGCUGAAUUGAUGAAGAAUGUCAACGCGCUUCUGCAAGAAAAAAGUCGCACGAGCAUUUUCAUUGCUCACCGUCUGCGGACUGUUGUCGAAGCAGAUCUCAUCAUCGUCCUCAAGGACGGUCAAGUGGCCGAACAAGGCACACAUGACGAGCUUAUGCGCAAGGGCGGCAUCUACUACAGCAUGUGGAUGGAGCAAGCCUACCGGGAGCAACAUGAGGAGACUGAGGAAGCAGAAACCUCCGCCUGAGAGUCAUUUGUGUUGCGCAUAUAGUGUUUCAGUACAAUUGUCAAACUGUCGAUACCAGUUCGUAGAUUAAUUGGCUAUAGUUGAUGCGUACAUGCUAAUUAGUGGAUUGGCGAACUCUAAUAAUUAUCCUUGCAGAUUGACCUGUGACUGAACGAACUUUGAGCAUAUCCUUACUCUAUCCUUCCUCUCAACCAGCUCAACAAACCCUUUGUACCCUCCCUUUCCCAGAUUCUCCGUUGCGGGACGCGAAAUCUAUUGCCAUCCACAAGUAAU